UCGCAGCAGACUGUAACUAUAAUACAACCUGCAAGUGCCCUACUGGUUUGGCAGAAAGACAACACUGUGGUGGUGAGAUUGGUAUAUUAUUUGCUGCAACAAUACACACAUCUAUGAAUGUAACCCUAAUGGCAAUACUUGUGAUUAUUGUUAUCGUGACAGUUGCGACCAGUGCGGGGCCUUACAGUAUUCCAAAUCCACCCCAAUCUACUAUUAUGGCAAACUCCAGUCAAAUUUCUUCAAUGGGUAGAACUACAUCAUCAAAAUACGAAACCCCAACCCCAACGACAACAACGACUGAUACACCAUCAGAUAAUUAG